AUGCAAUGGAGUACCAAUUACCAAAGCUCCGGAAUGCUAUCAAAAGAGCAGUUGCUUCAUCUCUUUGACCGUUUUGCCUUUCUCACCUCGCAGCCUGAUGUGAAGAAACGGAUUGCUGAUGCUGUAAAUGAAAAGCAGGAAGCUGUAGCUGUAACUACUGCAAUCCAAGAAGAGAUAUUUCAGGAGAUGGGAGUUGAUCCAAGGUUUGGUCUAGCUUGCUUGGGAAAAGUAAACAUGGUUUACGAGAAUGAUCUAGCUUUGCUGAUCCAGUUUUAUGUAUUCGUAGCCAAGGAAGAGACAGCAUGUGAAGAAGCUGAGCUUGGACCAGAAAAAUUUGCAGAAAGAAUGGAGGUGCAAAGGAAGUUACAAGAACAGCAAUUGGAGAUGCUCAAAUACAUGCGCAACUUUCACCUGGAUGAUCAGUCGGCAAUCCUUGAAAAGGUUAGCCAGCAGAUGGAGAAUGCGAAUUUUGAUUCAGAGGCAUCUGUGUUGUCAGUUGAGCAGAUCCAAGACAUUGUUCGAAGAAGGGUGUCUCCCGUAUUUCAGCCAAGAUAG